GAAUAUUUGCUUCUUAUCGUUUUAGCAGACUACUGCCUGCAAGGAACUAGGCUCAAAGAUAUGGCAGAGGACUUAUAAUGUAGUUCCAAAAAAGGAUUGCCGUCAGGGUCUGGAAAACAAUGCUCAUCUAGUAAAAGGUAGUUUGGAAACCAAGAGCACCACCAGAAGGAUGGGAAAUAUCUUGAAACCUGGCCUGCCUCCCACAGACAACUUCCGUGCAGUUCAAGCAGGAUCAAGCAAUGAUGUCUUUGUUGCCCUUUAUGACUAUCCACCACAGGAAGUUAGCAGACCAAUUUUUCGACUGGGUGAGAAACUGCAACUGAUAUCUGAAGAAGACGGUUGGAUGAGAGUCAUUUCUCUAAGAUCUAGAGAAGAGAACUACAUACCAAGAAAAUGUGUCUGCAAGGUUUACCAUGGCUGGCUGUUUGAAGGAAUUAGCCGAGAAAAAGCAGAACAACUACUCAAGUUGCCAGAGAACAACGUUGGCUCCUUCUUGAUCAGAGAGAGUGAUUCACACAGAGGUUCAUAUUCUCUUGCAGUUCGGCAUAGGCAAGUAAAACAUUAUCGUAUAUCCCGCCUACCUAACAAUUGGUACUAUAUUUCUCCACGGCUUACAUUUCAGUGCCUUGAAGAUCUUGUUACUCACUACUCAGAGUCAGCGGAUGGCAUCUGCUGUGUAAUCAGCACUCCCUGCCUGUCUCAGGGUAGCAGCAACAGUAUAACCCCAAAACAACCUAACAUGAAGCGCAGCAGUAACUUUCAGUGGAACAAAGUAAACAGCUCUGAGUUAGUUAAUGAGAACAGAGAAAAAACUCCUGAUGAUAGCUCACAGCUCAGUUUUGGUCUCCGACACAGUAUUGCAUCAUAUCUGAGUCUAUCUGAAGGAAACAGCAGAUCAAGGAAUGAAACCAGAAAGAAAAAAGCUCACUCUGUCUAUACAACCACCAUACCCGAAGAAGAAUUUAUUUAAUCUUAGAAAGUAUAAAUGAAAACGGACUAACUUGAAGUCAUAUCAAACAAAUGCCUUAUUCAUUGAAUGCAGAAAGAUCACCAUUUCAGGAAUAUAUACUGCUUUUCAGCUCAGGCCUGCAUGAUGAUAUGCUCAAGAGACAAUGAUUUCAUUAUGAAGUCAAAUUUGGUUUGUCAGAAUAGAAUUUAAACUAAAAUUAUUUUUUCUUCUGAUACUCUAUCAUACUAAAGAAUCAUAUAUUACUGCAGUUGGACAGAUAACCUUCUGGUGAAAAAUACUGUGCCUACAAUAACCAUUAAGGUAACUGAAGCCACUUGGAAACAAGAACAAAUUGAUAAGUUGUAAUUAUAUAGACUAGUUUCCUUCAUAGCCCACUAAUCUUCUUUCCAAUGAAGUGCAAGGGCUCUGGAGCUGAUUAUUAAAUGUAUGAAAGGGUUGAGGAGUAUAGCUUCCUGCAUGGGAGUUCAGGGCUUUCUCCGCAAAAUAAUAUGUCUUCAGACUCUGUAUGUAUCCCACAUAGCUCAAACAAAUUUUAUUUAUUUAUUUUUUUUUAUUUAUACUUUUGUUGACCUAGUUAGUCUUGACAUGCUAGUAGCCUCUUUUCAGGGGAGAACUGAGGUUGUAUUUUUACUACUAGAAAUUUGUUUCAUAAAAUGAGACUCACAGAGGUAAUUUCCACAGAAGUAUCUAGAGACACAGCAAAACAUAUGAACGUGUAGUGUGCCAUCUGUGUACAGACUUAUGAUGCAUUUUUGCAUGGUAAAUCACUAAGAUCUAAUCCUUGAUUUUGAUAAUAUUUAUACAUACUGCCCAGGUUUCUGUACAAUGCAGUAGUAGUGGCUGCACUAUUGUUUUGUACACCUUACUUUUCAUCUUAUUUUGUAUUCAUCUGUCAUAUACUACCUGAUGUUCUGUGCCAGUUGGCUGCAUCCCCAAUGAAUCAAGCUUUGACCUCCCCAUUCAGAGGUCCCUUUUCCUCAUCCAACCUUCCCAAUUACUUGAAGCCAUUGACCUGUUCCAGCAUUUCCCCUUUUCUCUCAAUUUCUAGCUUUUUCUGAUUUCUCUCAUUUUUUGCCAUUACAGCUGUUUUAUCUGUACUUAGUUUCAUCCCAUGUACCUUCAGUUUUGCAUUCCAUUUCCCUUUUCUUUGCUGAAGUUCUUGUUCAGUCCGCCUCUAAUGCCACAGCAUCUGCAUACAGCAACUUUGCUGAUCUGUCCCCUUCAAUCUGUUUGCUAAUGUAGUCCAUCACCAGUAUGAACAGCAGUGGGCUUCAGAGCUGAGCCCUGAUGCACACACACUCCCUCUGGGAACCCCUCUUGGAGACCGAACACUGGAUCGUUGUACAUAACUUCUGCUAAUUCUACCAACAUUUUUCACAUUUCAAACCACCACAGAACUGCCCAAAACAGCUUUUUUGGGACUUUGUCACAUGCUAUAGUUUUUAUCAUGACUUGGCAAUAUACCGCAAAUAAACUAAUGAAUGAAAGUGUGAGAAUCAUGAGGCAGUAUUUAAGGCCAGCUAAUUCAGUGCAUUCGCACUGUUCUUUGUUCUCAUUCACAUUAUACUACUAUUAAUAAACUGGCAGUUUCAGGGUUCCAGCGAGUCAGAGAUAAUUACUGAAUAGUGUAUACUACAUAAAUAAACACUGGUACUUUUUUCACGGAUAUGAUAAGAUACUUCCAACUCUUUUGCUGUGUUUUCAAAAGUGCUACAAAUAUGAAAAUGCAUAGAGCAAACAGUACAGUUUAUACACAUUCAGGUGAUUGUAAAUUUCCUAAAAAUAAUAAUAUUAAGUUAUUACUUGUAUAAUUAAUCUGUUAAUCAACUUAAAAUAAGAUAAUUAUAUUGUUUUCAGUUGUUUUAUUUUUGCUUCUUGCUGCUGUUGUUCAAGGUAAGAAUGUACCACAGAAAAUAACACUCCAUUUGUUUGCCAAGUAACUUGA